AAAGAGACAGACAGAGAGUGUGCGUGCGUCGGAGAGGGGGAACUGCAUACUCUCCGGCGUUCUUCCAGCGUGGAUUCUCACUGAAGGAAUGGCUUUGCGUCGGGAAGUGCUGUGUGCCGUGGCUGCGCUGAGUGACUAAGUGGAGGCCUGCAAGCCAUGGAGGAGAUGGACAGUAAACCCUACCAACCAUUGUCUAAGGGGCGCCAUGAAAUGGAGAUGUCCUACACCAGCUCAUCUGAUGAAAGCGAGGAUGGCCGCGCCCACCACCGCUCUUACACCUCACGUGAAACCCUGCCUGACUACACACACGAGCUGCGUCUCACUCUUGGUUCACAUCGGGAGAGGCAGAGUAACUACAGCCAACCCCAGCCAGAUUUGGAAUUCUGCAAGGCUGGACAGCUGAGAAGUCCAGACUAUCACAUCCACCAACAGCAGCAACAGCAGCAGCAACAGCAUCAGGAGGAGGAGGAGGAAGCAUUGUGCUCUGGACCGGCUGCCCACGUGCAUGGCCGUGGCUACUCCCUGACUGUGGGCUCAGAUGUGGACACAGAGCCAGAGGCGGACCCCUCCCCUGCUCACGGCCUGCAGAAUAUGUGGAUGCGCGGCCUCAAGUCUGAGCAGAGCUCCUGCCUCACAAGCCGUGCUAACUCCGCCCUCUCUCUCACCGAUACUGAGCAUGACAGGAAGUCUGAGCCUGACAAUGAGCUACCCAGCAGUCCAGGUGGUCAGUUCACUUUCCGCCCAUUGCCCCCGCCGCCUCCGCCACCCCACGCCUGCACCUGUGCACGACCUGCGCCCUACACUCAAGUCAGUCUGCAGAGGAAGACCAUGCCUACUCGGUGCCAGGCCAGCCAGAGCAGCCAGGGGGCAGAGAGCAGCACAAGCACAGACCCGGCACAGCUUCACAACAGCUGGGUGCUCAACAGCAACAUUCCCCUAGAAACCAGACACUUCUUGUUCAAGCAGGGCUCUGGUUCAUCAGCUCUGCUGUCAGGGGCGGGGCAGGGUUACCCCCUGACCUCUGGGACGGUGUAUUCUCCUCCACCCCGACCCCUCCCUCGCAGCAGUGUGACCAGACCACUGUUCACCUUCAACAAGCCUCACCGCUGCUGCAACUGGAAGUGCACAGCUUUGUCAGCAUCACUGCUCACCUUGACACUGGCUCUGCUGCUCACAUAUGUCAUCGCGGUCCACCUGUUAGGUCUGACCUGGCACCUGCAGCACAGCGACAGCCAGCUGUAUGAGAACGGCUUGAGCUCAGUGGACCAUCAGCAGGAGGACGGCGGUAAGACUGGGCCGACCAGCUCCAUCCACCUGUUGGAUACACUCAACCCUGAGAGCACACACGCUGGUGACAGAGAAAAGUGGGUGCGAGGACGAGCCAUCGACCGUGGAGAGGUAGAUGUUGGAACCCAGCAGAGCCAGGCCAUCCCCCCGGGACUGUUUUGGCGGUUUCAUAUGACUGUGCAUCACCCUACUUACAUCAAGUUCAACCUGUCUCUCUCACAUAACGCACUGCUGGGAGUCUACGGACGAAGGAACAUACCUCCUACACACACUCAGUUUGACUUUGUGAAACUGCUGGAUGGGAAGGCGCUGCCCAGAUCAUUGACUGAGCCUGUUUCCAUGAGUAAAACUCCCAGAGGUCUGCUGCUGAACAGCCUCCAGGAAACAGGAUUCAUUGAGUACAUGGACCCUGGCACAUGGCACCUGGCUCUCUACAACGAUGGUCGCAACCUGGAGCAGGUGUUACUCCACAGCACUCCCAUAGAUUCAAUGGACGGUUGCUCAACAGACUGUAGGAACGGAGAGUGCGUGGCCGGUCAUUGUCACUGCUUCGCUGGAUUCUUGGGACCCGACUGCGCCAAAGAUUCGUGCCCCGUAUUGAGCAGCGGGUAACGGCGUGAUGAGAAAGGAAGAUGUGUGUGCCUGGCGGGCUGGAAGGGGGCGGAGUGCAAUGUGGAAGAAGGCAGUGUAUCGACCCCCACCUGCUCCAACCACGGCUCCCUGCAUUCAGGAAUCUGCAUAUGCAGUCCGGCCUACAAAGGGGUUAACUGUGAGCAAGUGGACUGCGUGGACCCUCAGUGCGGUGGGCACGGAGUGUGUGUGCGAGGGGAGUGCGUGUGCUCUGCGGGCUGGGCAGGAGUGAGCUGUGACGACCCACUGCCAGCGUGUCAGGAACAGUGUUCAGGACAUGGCACCUAUCUCCCUGAUUCAGACACCUGCGCCUGCCAGCCCAACUGGACCGGACCAGACUGCUACACCGAGCUGUGCCCGGUGCCAUGUGGCAGCCAUGGCGUUUGCUCAGAGGGCCAGUGCCAAUGCGAGGAGGGCUGGAUCGGCGCGGCGUGCGACCAGAGAGCAUGCCAUCCUCGCUGUGAAGAACACGGACAGUGCCACGACGGAACCUGCAUCUGCCAGCCGGGUUGGGAAGGAGAACACUGCAAUAUCGUCACACAUGAUUUGGACGUAGUUGUUAAAGAUGGCUGCCCGGGGUUGUGCAGUGGGCACGGGCGCUGUACCCUGGAGCAGAGCGGCUGGCGCUGCGUCUGCCAGGCUGGAUGGAGUGGGCCUGGAUGCAGCGUUGUCAUGGAAACUGACUGCAGUGAUGGAACAGACAAUGACGGAGACGGCCUGGUGGACUGCGUGGACCCAGACUGCUGCGAGCAGCUGAGCUGUGGCUCGGACCCGUUGUGCCAUGGUUCGGCUGAUCCCUUGGCUUUACUGCAGCAGAACCUGCCGCCUCCCACCGCGCUCCCCUCAUCAUCCAGCUCGCACACCCACAGCUUUUACCGCCGCAUACGCUUCCUCAUCGGCAAGGCAGCCACACACACUCUCCCUGGAGACGUGCCUUUUGAUACCAGUCGUGUGGCAGUGAUUCGAGGCAGCGUUGCUCUACAGGACGGAUCUCCUCUGGUUGGAGUGAACAUCACUUUCCCACAACAUCCUGAAUAUGGUUACACCAUCAGCAGACAGGAUGGAAGUUUUGACCUGGUGACCUUGGGAGCGAUGUCAAUGACCUUGAUGUUCCAGCGGCCCCCAUUCCUACCACAGACACGCACCUUCUGGACACCGAACAACAAUUUUGUUGUUCUGGACCAGGUGAUCAUGUCCAGGGAGGAAGCAGAGCCUUUGAAAUGUGAUCUCAGGAGUGUUCUGAGUCCCUACCCGGUGGUUCUGCCCUACCCCCUUCCAAGAUACACUGGUACAUGUCCAGACAAGGGGACGGCCGUACCUGAGCUACAGGCGGUACAGGAAGACGUUGCAAUCCCUGGAGCAUUUGUGAAGCUGAACUACUUGAGCACCCGUGCUGCCGGCUAUCUCUCUCUGCUCCGAAUCCUUCUUACGCCUCCAUCCCCAUCAUCUCCUGUCUCCCCACUGGGCGGUCUGUCCAAGGUGCAUGUCCAUGCUUCAGUCCAAGGAAGGCUGUACCAGCGUUGGUAUCCAGCUGGCCCUGGCCUGGUCCACAGGCUGGUCUGGAAUAAAACUGACGUUUAUGGUCAGGAAGUCUGGGGACUCACUCAUGCAACUGUAUCGGUGGGCUACGAAUAUGAGCCGUGUCCCGGUGUUAUCCAGUGGGAGAGGAGAACCGCUCUGAUGCACGGCUUUGAACUGGUGCCAUCCAACCUGGGAGGAUGGUCUGUGGACAAACAUCAUGCCCUCAACAUACGGAGUGGUAUUCUUCACAAGGGAAACGGGGAGAAUGUCUUCCUUUCCCAGCAGCCCUCAGUUAUCACCACUGUGAUGGGGAACGGUUUCUACCGGAGUGUCCCCUGCGGCCCAAGCUGCAGCGGUGCCGCACGAGACAUGAUGCUGUUUGCCCCUGUGGCACUAGCCAGCGGCCCUGAUGCUUCCCUCUACGUGGGGGACUUCAACUUUGUCCGCAGAGUUCAUCCUGAUGGAUACACCAGAACCAUCCUGGAGCUCAAGAACCGGGACACCAGACACAGCACGAGCCCUGCCCAUAAGUACUACUUGGCCAUGGACCCAAUGGGGGAAGUACUUUAUGUGUCUGACACCAGCAGCCGCAGAGUGUACCGAGUGAGAAAUCUCGGUCAGCCAAAAGAUCCUUCACGCAACCUUGAGGUUGUGGCUGGGACGGGGGAGCAGUGCCUGCCUUUUGACCAGAACCACUGUGGAGAGGGCAGGAAGGCCACAGAGGCUGCACUCAAUAACCCCAGAGGUAUUGCAGUGGAUAAAAGAGGUGUUGUCUAUUUUGUGGAUGGCACCACCAUUCAGAAGAUUAAUGAGAGGGGUGUGCUUUCCACUGUGAUUGGCUCCAACGGUCUCAUGUCGACGCAGCCGCUGAGCUGUGACGCACGCAUGGACAUCAGCCAGGUGCGUCUGGAGUGGCCAACAGAUCUGGCCAUCAACCCACUGGACAACUCCCUCUACAUCCUCGACAACAACAUCGUCCUCCAGGUAUCAGAAAGUCUUCAGGUGCGUAUCGUGGCAGGACGUCCCAUCCACUGCCAGGUUCCAGGCAUUGACCACCACUUGGUGAGCCGGGCUGCAAUUCGUGCCACCCUGGAGGCUGCCAAAGCCAUCGCUGUGUCUUACCUUGGUACACUGUACAUUGCCGAAACUGAUGAGCGCCGCAUCAACCGCAUCCAACAGGUGUCGACCAAUGGGGAGAUAUCCAUAAUCUCUGGAGCCCCUACGGACUGUGACUGUAAGAUAGACCCCAACUGUGACUGCUUCUCUGGUGAUGGAGGCUAUGCCCGUGACGCUCGCCUUAAGGCUCCCUCCUCUUUGGCUGUGGCCCCCAAUGGAACCCUGUACAUUGCUGAUCUUGGAAACAUCCGGAUCAGAGCUGUCUGUCCCAAUAAGCCUCAGCCCAGCCCAGCAGGACUAAUGGAGAUCAGCUCCCCACUGGAUCAGGAGCUCUAUCUCUUCAGCCAGAAUGGCUCGCACUUGUACACCAAGCACCUGAUCACAGGACACUUCCUCUACAACUUCUCUUACGGCACAGACGGCCAACUCUCAGGGGUGAUGGGUCGAGACGGCCACGGGGUCCAGGUGAGGAGAGACGCUCACGGAGUGCCCCUGUGGCUGGCACUACCUGGCGGGCAGGUGUACUGGCUGUCUCUUAGCAACAGCGGUACACUGCGGAAAGUGUCAGCCCAAGGCCAUGACAUCGCCCACGUCACUUACCAUGGCAACACAGGUCUCCUAGCAACCAAAACUGAUGAGAACAGUUGGACAACUGUCUAUGAGUACAACAGCGAGGGCCGCAUGACCAACAUCACACUCCCCACUGGGGAGGUAAGUGGUUUCCACGGCAACCUAGAGCGCUGGUCUCGAGUGGAGGUUGAGGCGUCCAACAGAGAGAACUUUGUGACCAGCACCAACCUGUCUGCCAGUGACACCAUCUACACUUUUAGACAAGAUCACGCUCAAAGUUCCUACAGAGUGAGCACAGACGGGUCGUUCGUCGUCACACUGGCCAGCGGCAUGGAGCUGUCGCUCAGCACCGAGCUCCUCGUCCCAGGAGCCGUCGGGGGAGGAGUCAGCCCCACGGCCAGUCGUUGCAACAUCAGCUUGCCGGGAGACCACGCCCCCAGCCUGAUCGAGUGGCGGCAAAGAAAAGAGCAAAGCAAGACAAACUACAGCACGUACGAGCGACGGCUCAGGGCACACAACAGGAACUUGCUCUCCAUAGAGUUUGAUCAGAGCACCAGAGUCGGAAAGAUCUACGAUGACCACAGAAAGUUCACCCUGCACAUCCAGUAUGACUCACUGGGCCGCCCCGUGGUCUGGUCACCUAGCAGCAAAUACACUGAGGUGAACAUCAGCUAUUCAGGUGGAGGUCUGCUGUCAGCCAUCCACCGAGGGGAGUGGUCUGAGCGGCUGGAGUACGAGAGCGAGCGGGUGGUAUCUCGAGCGUGGGUCAAUGGAAAGAUCUGGAGCUACACAUACACAGACAGGUCCAUCAUGCUGCUUCUGCACAGCCAGCGCCGUUAUGUGUUUGAUUACGACCAAACAGAUCGCUUGGUUGCCGUGACGAUGCCCAGUAUGGUGAAACAUGUCCUGCAGUCGCUCCUGUCUGUUGGUUACUACAGGAACAUGCACACGCCCCCUGACAGUCAGGCCUCCUUCCUCCAGGACUACACCCUGGACGGGCGACUCCUGAGGACUCAGUAUUUGGGAACAGGGCGCACUGUGAUUUACAGGUACACACCAACAGCAAGGCUCUCUGAGGUGGUUUAUGACUCCACACUGGUGACCUUCACUUACGACGAGGCCUCUGGCACAGUCAAGACCAUUCAUCUCACCCAUAACGGCUUCAUAAACUCCAUACGAUACAGGCAGACAGGCCCCCUGACAAGUCGGCAGAUCUUCCGCUUUAGUGAGGAGGGAUUAGUCAAUGCCAGGUUUGACUAUAGCUACAACAAUUUCAGAGUGACUAGCAUGCAGGCGGUCAUCAACGAGACCCCUCUGCCCAUUGAUCUCUACCGCUACGUUGAUGUAUCAGGACGAGUGGAGCAGUUUGGCAAGUUCAGCGUAAUCUUCUACGAUCUCAACCAGGUGAUCACCACUCACCUGAUGAAGCACACCAAGGUGUUUAAUUCAUAUGGCCAGGUGGUGGAAGUCCAAUAUGAGAUCCUGAAAUCCAUCGCCUACUGGAUGACUAUCCAGUAUGACGCAGCCGGGCGUACAACCACUUGUGACAUCAGGGUGGGCGUUGACAGCAAUGUGACCCGUUACACGUAUGAAUAUGACGCUGACAGCCAGCUGCAAAGUACCUUAGUUAAUGAACGACCGCAGUGGCGCUACAGCUAUGAUCUCAACGGGAACAUUAACCUGCUCAGCCAUGGCACCAGUGCAAGAUUGACUCCUCUGCGUUAUGACCAGAGAGACCGCAUCACACGGCUCGGUGAGUUACAGUACAGCGUUGACGAUGAUGGCUUCCUCCGCCAGCGAGCAAACGACCUGUUUGACUACAACUCCAAUGGCUUGCUGACCCGCGUCUUCAACCGAGUCUCUGAGCGCACUGUGUGGUACCGCUAUGAUGGAUUGGGCCGCCGCGUGGCCACCAAGAGCAGUCAGGGCGACCAGUUGCAGUUCUUUUACGCUGACCUGUCACACCCUACUAGGGUCAGCCACCUAUACAACCACAGCAGCAACCUGAUCACCUCCCUGUACUACGACCUGCAGGGCCAUCUCAUCGCCAUGGAACUGAGCAGUGGUGAGGAGUAUUACGUAGCCUGUGACAGCGUCGGGAGUCCAAGGGCAGUUUUCUCUAACAAAGGCCGGCUGGUCAAAGAAAUCCUCUACACCCCCUAUGGAGAAGUGUACCAGGACACCAACCCCGACUUUCAGCUCAUCAUCGGCUUCCAUGGAGGCUUGUAUGAUCCUUUCACACGAUUGGUGCAUUUGGGCAGGCGAGACUAUGACACACUAGCCGGCAGAUGGACUUCGCCCAAUCACGAGCUGUGGGGGGAGCUCAGUAAGGAGCCAAAGCCGUUCAACUUGUAUGCCUUCAAGAACAACUGCCCUGUUGGCAAAGUGGAGGAAGUGACACAGUUUACCACUGGUGAUUGGCUGCAGCUGUUCGGGCUUCCAGCUUCAUAACGUGUCCCUGGCUUUCCGAACCUGAGGUGCCAGUAUGGAACAAAACAUACGAAACUGAUGAAGACCCGACCAAGACACAGGACUUGGGACUCCAGCAAAGUGGUUUUGGGAAUCCAGUGUGAGCUGCGCCGCCAGCUGAGGAGUUUCAUCUCUCUGGAUAGGUUACCUCUGGUGUCACAGCCCGUAGGCUCGACUUGCCACAGAGCAGCGCGGCCUCCUCCCUUUGGCUCCCGACCAUCUCUCCUUGGUCCCAGCAUUCGAUUUGCCAUCUCCCAUGGCUGCGUCAGUGCUGAAGUCAUCGGUGUGGCCAGUGAGGAUAGCCGACGCCUGGCAGCCAUUUUAAACAGCGCCGUCCACCUGAGUGGUCUUAGCUUCACCGUGCAAGGGUGCGACACCCACCACUUCCUCCAGUCCCGGCCAAUCGAGGAAGACCUCACUUUGGGGUUGGGAGUCGGGGGGCGCGUCCUUGAGGGCGGGGUCAACGUGAGCGUGUCUCAGAUGAGCGCCAAUGUUAAUGGCAGGACUCGACGAUUUGCAGACAUCACCCUCCAGCAGGGGGCACUGUGUCUGUGUGUGCGCUACGGUGGGAGCGAGGAGGAGGAGCGAGCGAGGGUAAGAGAGGAGGCACGGAAGAGAGCGGUGGAUGGUGCUUGGGAGAAGGAGAAGAAGAGGGUGGAGGAAGGAGAUGGUGGGAGCAGGGCGUGGAGCGAGGCGGAGAAGCAGCAGCUGUUGUCCGGAGGACGUGUUCAGGGUUACGACGGCUACUACUCCCUGCCUAUAGAGCAGCAGGCGGAGCUGUCCGACUGCUCCUCCAACAUCCACUUUAUGACACUGAGCGAGGUGGGGGGCAGGUAACAGCGACACAGGAGUGGCCCCCCACCCCACCAAAGACUGCCUGUUUCUACUCUACUCGGAUUUCUUCUACUGUUUCUACACUGUAUGAAAAAGAAGACGACAAUGAAGAACAAGAAGAGAAAUUGAGCGGAAAAAAAAAUUCCAAAUGCCUUUAAUUGUGACAAAAUGAUGGUAUUUUAUUAUUCUCGUCCAGUUUUUUCCAGUUUCUAACAGUGUGGCACAAGCAGUGUGGUUUGGCUGUGGCUUUGCUUUUUGUAUCCAGACCGACACCCGACUCACCGACUGACUGUCAUUCGCUGUUUCAACACCGUUCAUCGCUGAACUGUGGAAGUUCCACUGAACAAUCCCCGUCACGACAAAUCAAGAGCUCUCUGGUUGCCAUUUGAGUUGAUACAUGGUUUACCUCGGAUAUACUAUCGUUUACAUAUUGUGUAAGAGAGGCCUUGUCGACUCUGACUCUCCCCUUUAGAGAAGGAAAUCUCGGUUUUCCGCCUCUGGUGUGCUCCAAGUAGUUUGUAUGCGUGUGUACACUGAAAUCAAGAAUGUACAUAGCCAGUGCUUUCACACUGAAAAAUGUGCUCAACUGGAAAUUCUGUUGUUCAUAAGUAAGUGUCAGUACUGUUAAUCAAUAGAGAAACAAGUUACAUUUUUUGCAAAGAUUAUACAUGGCUAUAGUAAAUAUUCUCGCUGAAAAGUCUGACUUUAUUGGGUUACAAUGCUGAUUAAAGUUAUGUGUGAAUUAACA